CAGGUGUUUCUCAGCUCUGCUUCCUGCUUCAUCCGUGCUGGAGGCGGGCGGAUGAAGCAAAGAGGACGAUCGCAGCAGCUGAGACUCGGAAAGCAGAGCGUGUUUGUACUGCAGGAGCUCCGUUAACUCCGCCGCAGCUCUAUUCGUGGUCACCUCGUCUGACCUUCUGGUGGGUCGCUGCGAAAUGAAACGUGUGCGUGGUUUGUUUGUGUGGCUAUCUCUCGACUCCCAGGAACGACCGAAUGUUCAGGUGUGGCGCCGAGGGCUGCGGGAAGAGCUUCUACGUGCUGCAGAGGCUGCAGGUUCACAUGAGGACUCACAACGGCGAGAAGCCCUUCAUCUGCAAGGAGAAGAACUGUGGCAAGAAGUUCACCACCGCCGGAAACUUGAAGAACCACAGGCGCAUACACACAGGAGAGAAGCCUUUCCUGUGCGAAGCAGAUGGCUGUGGGCGAUCGUUUGCAGAGUAUUCCAGUCUACGAAAACACAUGCUCGUGCAUUCUGGUGAGAAGCCUCAUGUGUGCGGGAUCUGUGGCAAGACUUUCUCCCAGUCCGGCAGCAGGAACGUCCACAUGAGGAAGAGGCACGGAGAGGAGGGGCUCAGCAGCGAAAGCAGAGAAACGGGAGAAGCUCUGACACAAAGCAGCCUGCUGGAGGCCGACGGCGAGAACGGAGACGGCAUGGUCACCAUGACGACAACGGUGGAGCCCAUGAACCUUCAUCACGCCAUGCUGAGGUCACCAGGUAGGCGAGAUAAAAGGGCGGACGGAAUAACAACACGUCUGAUAAUGAAGCGGCAGCAAACAGUCAUUUGGUGAAGCUCGUAAUGUCCUGAGGUGCUGAGUCAACUCGUGGUGCCACUAAUGUCCCGCUGAGUGUUUUGCAGUCGAUGUUUGUGAGUGUUUUCAGUGAACGCUGUUAAUCUUUGGU